AUGGAACAACAGGAAAACGACAAUGAGGAAACCAGUGCACCACGGAAAAGAUCGAAGAACGACAUCGGAACAACUGACGAACUCAAGGAGUUCGACGAAAUUAAAGGAAAAUGGAGAUUCAUCGGCGUUCAACUUCAACUACUGGCCGAAAAAUCGGAAUGUCGCGGACAAAUAACAAGAACCAUCACGAAAGAGCGCCUCGAUGCUUUUACGGCUUUUUACAAUGAUAGUGACACCUCUGAAAAACUGUCUAUUAUGCAGUCAAGUCCACUUAUGAUGCUCUUAAACCGUGAAUCACCCAAAAAAUUUGUGGUGAUUGACGGAAAUCUGCGAAUUUGCGCAAUGCAGAAAAGUUUGAUCGCCAACCCACCAAACGCGAAUCCGAGGGUUUGGCUUUAUGAAGUCGACGAUUCGGAUGUUUUUAAUGGAAUUUUCGAGAAUUCGCAACUUCUCGAAGCACCGACAACAAAGGAAACAGUCCAGAAUGAUAUUUUCGAAAAAUAUCCAGGUCUGGGAGUGCUGGCGAGUCGGCAAAUGAUGAAAAUCGACGAGGCAAAGAAUCAAUCGAGGACGAAACCGAGUGAAAUUUUAAACUUGCGAAGACGCCUCUUAGGUUCCCUUGGAGUCAAUCACAACAAUUGUAGAGCGAAAAUUGUGGCUAAAGCUCACGAAAAGCUCGGAAUAAGCGUUGGCGACACGAAGCAAGAAGCUAUUAGUAUUUUGUCGACUUUCCCUACCGACAUUCUCGACAUAUAUAAGAAUACCAAAAGCGAUAAUAUUUACGUGAUGAGCGAUGUUCGCGUCCUCCGGAACGUGCUUCAUCACAUUGACAACCGACUUGUGAUGACAAGAUUCAAGGAACUGAUUAAGACGUGCUACGAAAGAAAUGGGCUAAUUGGAGUGGACGCAUUUAAAAGGGAACUACCUCGAUUAAUCUCACCACACGAAGACGGCGAUAGAGAAGCCCAGCCGCCGCAGGAGAAACCGAUGGAGCAAAGAAAGCUGUUUCCAAAUUUGCCGCCGGUGAAAGAAGAUGAAUUUAAUCGCAUCGACAUAUCAAAAGUAGUACUGAUUGAAAAUAUGAAGGCUGUCGUCAAGAAGAAACACCUUCAUGGCGCUGCAGGGGAAGGACGAACUCUACGUUGA